GCCAUGUGUGUACUGUGGAUACUGUGAUUGUCAUGUGGACUCUGAAUGUAAACAUACUGUUGUGGUUUUGUGUGUGUGCUGUGUAAAACACAUAUUUACGAAGAAGCAAGUAAGAAAUAACCCUCGUUUGAAACCAAUUAGCGAUGGAUAAGAAGGAGAUACAAGAUUAUUUUAUCGGAAUAUUGGAGGAAGAAGAAGAUGUUUCAGCUGGAAUUGCCGCAAUAAGGACCUUACUUACCGUUCUGGAGCGAGACAAAUCAGAGACAGUACAAGAGUUGGAUUCAAACCUUCGCGCAGCCGGAGAUGCAAUGCGAAAGACAGAUCAUCCAGGUGCAGCUGUCAGAUCUGGAUGCGAGCUGUUUCUGCGUUUCAUUACCCUCGCAAAACUUGAUACAGAGACAUUUGCCGAGUGUAAGGCAAUUAUGCUGCAUCGAGGGAAGUUGUUUCUCAAGAAACUAAUGGAGGCAAGAGGCAAGGUUGCCAAGCUGGCCUCUAAUUUCAUAAUAGAUGGCUCGCGGGUAUUGACCCAUUCCCACUCGCGUGUCGUGCUGCAAGCGAUGAAGGAAGCAGCCAAAGCAAACAAGCGCUUCGAUGUCUAUGUCACUGUGUCUUCACCAGAUAAUAGCGGGGUUCUGAUGAGCAAAAAGUUGCGUGACCUGGGUAUUCCGGUGACAGUCAUCCUCGACUCCGCUGUUGGCUACAUCAUGGAACAAGUCGACCUCGUCAUGGUUGGAGCGGAAGGUGUUGUGGAAAGUGGAGGCAUCAUAAACAAGGUUGGGAGUUACACAAUGGCACUGUGUGCGAGGGAAAUGAAGAAGCCGUUCUACGUGCUGUGCGAAAGUUUUAAGUUUGUACGCCUCUAUCCGCUCAACCAGCAGGAUCUACCAGAUGAAUUCAAGCAUCCCACUAGCAAGCUGGAGAACGGGAAGGACCUGCAGGAGGAGCACCCACUGGUGGACUAUACGCCGCCCUCCUACAUCAGCCUCCUCUUCACGGACCUCGGUAUCCUCACGCCGUCUGCCGUCAGUGACGAACUUGUCAAACUGUACCUGUAGAGCUCGUCUAUUCUAGUAAUAAAACUAUUCUUACCACA